UGUUCGACGUCGCGAGCGCACGACGAGCGCGCGAAAACCGGGCGCGAGCGCUGCUGCACCUUGCAGCGCGCCCUCGCGGUUCUCGCGCGUGACGCUAGUUUGUACAAAUUAUGUUUACGUUUAUGGAGAAUGGAAACUAAUAUUGUCAGUAUUUGAAAUAGCAUUGUGUUGCAGGCCCUACAAAUUAAAUUAUCUCAUUGAAGUUGAUGUGUCGAGUGACUUUCGGUUUCGGUUAAAACUAAGUGCGCAGGCAGUAAAAAAAAACAAUGAAUGCUAAGAAUAAGAUGCUAAUAAAAAGAAUAUCUCAGGCUGGCCUGGACCGUGAAACGUUGCGCAUUUUCAGUAUAUUACAAACUAUGUUCCUAAAAUAUAUUCUUUAUUCUGAAACUAUCAUGUUGUAUUUUUUCGAAUAUCCGGCUGGCAUUCGCCUCGUCUCGAGUCGGAACUGCAACUGGGUGGGGAGGCAAGUAAAUUCGCACCGAGGCGAGGGGGAUUUAGGGAGUUUCCCGGCCCUGGUGGUGGCAAUAAAAAUACAAAAGUCAAGUGUGCAAAAAAAAACACAGUAUGAUAACCCUUCAUUUAAGACUGAGGUUUUCACUGCGAUGCUGGCAACCUGCUGUGAUUUGGAAACCCAGGUUGAGCGAGAUGGAAUAUGCUGUAACAAGUGUGAACCAGGGACUAAGUUGAAAACUGCAAGUUGCCCACAACCGGAGUGUGUGGAGUGCCCCGACAACGAGUAUCAGCCCUUCUACACCCUCGACACAAAAUGCCUGCUGCAGGAUUACUGCGAUCCAAACCUGAAUUUUGAUAACUUUACAAGGGAAAAGGUGAAGAAAAUCCCAUGCAAGUGUAAGGCCGGAUACUACUGCUCCACAGAUCAAUGCAUAACAUGUGCGGAACACACCGAGUGCAGCCCUGGGUUCGGAGUCACCAGCCUUGGCACAAGCACCAAUGACACCAUCUGUUCCCCCUGUCCUGUCGGAAAGUUCUCCAGCACCACCUCUUCAUUUGACAAAUGCCAGCCUUGGCAAGUCUGUGAACAUGGAUACAUUGAAAAACAACCGGGAACUGCAAAAUCAGACAGACUGUGUGAGAAGCCCAGCUCCGUUAUCCGGACAGGGAUUGUUGUGGGAGCCCUCUUCGGUUGUGUCAUCUUUGCAGUUGUUCUCUUGUUCAUAUCAAAUCCAGGUUAUUUUAAGAAUGUUGUGAAACGCAAUAAGAAAAAAGAGUUCCAGGUCAACAAACCUGGAUCGGUGAAUGAAUAUCGAGCCGCGCAGGAAAAUGAUGAAAUCUCCGACACCAUGCACCCGGUCCCCGUCCAGGACCAGCUGACGGAAAACAACAACCCCCUGGCGCAGGAAGAGGGCAAGCAGCACCUGUUGUCCCAGCCUGCGAGUGACUCGGUGUGAAGCGGUUCAGUGCAGCGUGAGGAACCCCUUGUUCGUUCGCCAGACCACCUCUGUUCUUCCACACUGUACUGAGCGGACCACCGCCGCUGACGCGUUUGAGGUCAAGCAUUACCUUUGAUUCCCUGAAUGCAAGCAUGUCCGGCUCCCUAAAAGACAACAUGUGCAUAUCUUUUAGUCUGUCUUGGCAGUGUGUUAUGUUACAGUGAUUCAAGUUAUCAGAUGUGGACUAUAAUCUGACAGAGCUAAUAUACUGAUUAUAUCAUGUCACUACCUUGCCCUGUAACACCUGGCUAGUACACCCCAAAAUUCUCUUCUGAGAUGAACUGACAAUUUUUGUCUCAUAAGCACCUGACUCUACCCAGAAACAUAGUGAACAGUUGGAAUUUAGUUGUUUUUAAUUCCGUCUAAACGCUUAUCUGGUAACGUAAACAGUUUGGUUCUCCAUGUUAGAAUUUGUUUCUUUCGCAAGAUUUUUUUCCAGAACGUAUCCAUACCACAGUGUGUGAAAUGGCAGCAAGCUGUACAGCGAGUGAUGUAUUCCAGGCUUUGGCUAAAUUGUGGUUUUGCCUCGUUGUUCCAUCACAAAAUCAAGGGAGCAUCAAUUUGCCUUCAGCAAUUUCCUGUGGCAGAGAUUUAUAUAAUGUCUCAGUUCCACUGCUGAAAUGUCAGUAUGUGUAUUUAUUAGGAAAGAAUGUAGACAUUACAUGCCAGAAAGAUGGCUGCUGAGAACUGCAGUGCUUUGGUGUCAUUCUGUACAUUUUCUUUUAGUUCUCAUUUCGGGAACAGUACGGCUGUGAUCACGCUCCGGCGGUUGUGCCUAAGGCUUCGAUGACAGAAAAUCAGUUCCUGCCGUUAUUUUGUGAGUUAUCUGACGAAGAAGCAGACAGUGCUGUCCUGCUUACUGCCUGUGAACAACAAUGAGCGGUUCCUCCCUGGAAUCACACUGUUUUGGGAGACAGGCUGCACCACCCCAGUGCAGUGGCACUGCUGCAGGGACUGGAGGAGCUUAACACGUGCAGUAGCGCAGACUGUCCACACGGGGGAGCUCUACUCCAUCAGGGAAUUCCAGGGCCGAGGGAGGCAGUGCUGGUCCAGCUGUGUUGUCACUCACUGUGAAAUUCCUUGUGAAAUUUUUUAUCUUAACCUUCUUCACGUAUGCACAUUGUGGAAUGCUUUUUUUUUUAAAGUUUGUUUAUAAAAAAAGAGUUUGUUUAUGCAAUUUGGGACUAAUAUAAUGACUAAAGCUGCCCUUUUGAUGGUCGACUGGGUGGAUGCUGGUCUGUGACUAAUGUAAAUAUUGGUGUUCGUUGUGUUUUUCUGUACAACGUGUCUUGCAGAUCGCUGUGUUGCAACAGACAUUUGAGCAAGUCACACAAAUGUUACUUUUUGGUGUUUUUUUUUUUUUCCCAAGCAGUGCUUUAAAGAUACAUUUUCUGUGUAAGUCUUAAUUUCAGCAGCUUUGAUGUGGUUCUUUCCUCACGGAAACUGCCACCGAAUGUUCACUUUCAUC